GUUUGAACAGUUUGCCUCUGUUAGUAUGUUUUGAGAUAGGGUCGAUUUAAGCAUUGGUGUAUAUAUAUUGUUUUCGUGAAGUGGGUGUUAUUUUGCCAGAUAAUCGUAUAAUAGGCGUGCUUAAAAAAAUUAGAAAUCAUGUUGUCACGUAGUAUUUCUAUGAUAAACCAUCAUUUUCCUACCAGAAAAAGUCUUUCAUUAAUAAAAUUCAGAAACAGCAGUUCUAGUCCUGAAAUUUGCAUUCCUUUUACUGACAGACCAUCCUUGGCCAUCUCUUGUACUGAAUAUGCCCAGUUUUCUGAUGGUUGUGCAGUCGCAAGUUGUGGUGACACUUCUGUUAUGGUUACUGCUGUUAGCAAAUCAAAACCCUCUUCAUCAAAUUUUAUGCCAUUAACAGUGGAUUAUCGACAAAAAGCAGCAGCAGCAGGCAGAAUACCUAUGAAUUUUCACAAAAGGGAAUACGGUGUUAGUGAACAUGAAAUUUUGACUAGUAGACUAAUUGAUAGAUCGUUGAGGCCACUAUUUCAGAAUUAUUAUUGUGAAACACAGUUAAUAUGUAAUUUGCUUGCUAUUGAUGGUAUUCACGAUCCUGAAGUUCUAUGUAUAAAUGCUGCAUCAGCAGCUCUUGCUUUAUCAGAUAUUCCUUGGAAUGGUCCUGUUGGUGCAGUUAGAGUUGGUUUAAUCAAUGACAAAGUUAUAAUUAAUCCGACUAGACGUGAAUUGAAGGAAAGUGCUCUUAAUAUGGUUGUUACAGCUGCUUCUCAAAGUUUAGUUGUAAUGCUCGAAGGCUCUGGUAAUAAUGUUUUACAACAGCAUUUCUUGAAAGCUAUUAAGACUGGUGUAAAAGAAUGUCAAAAAAUUGUUCAGUCCAUUUCCGAGUUGCAAAAGUUGAAAGGAAAAGCAAAAAGAAGUGUUGAACCAGUGAAUGAGAUUGAUGAGGCUAUUCUUUCUGGAAUAAAAAGCUUGAUUGAGAUGAAAAUUAAAGAAGUAUUUCAAGAUUUUACUCAUGAUAAGUUGUCUAGGGAUGAUGCUGUUAAAGAUAUUAGAUUAAAUGUACUAGAAAAGCUAAAGCAGGAUCAGCCGGAAACUAAUAUGGAAAUGGCAAAUGAAGCGUUCAAUAUUAUUACCAAACAGAUAUUCAGGAAUUUGAUUUUAGAAAACAACAUAAGAUGUGAUGGUAGACAACUUGAUCAACUAAGAAAUAUUAAAUGUGAUGUUGAUAUGUUUAAGCCUCUUCAUGGUUCAGCAUUUUUUCAAAGAGGACAAACACAAGUAUUAUGUACAAUAGCUUUAGACUCUCAAAAUUCAGUUUUGCAUAUGGAUCCUGUUUCAUCAUUAAUCACUGGUUUGAAAGAAAAGAAUUUUUUCUUGCAUUAUGAGUUUCCUCCCUAUGCAACCAAAGAGAUUGGUAGAGUUGGAACUACUGUUCGACGUGAAGUAGGACAUGGUGCCCUUGCAGAAAAGGCUUUAAGACCAGUUAUACCACCAAAUUUUCCGUUUACAAUUAGGCUAACUUCUGAAGUUUUACAAUCUAAUGGUUCAUCUUCGAUGGCAACUGUUUGUGGUGGUAGUUUAGCAUUACUGGAUGCUGGAGUGCCGAUUUCUAACGCUGUUGCAGGUGUAGCUAUUGGCCUUGUAACUCAGUAUGAUGGUACUGAUACAAAGCAUAUUAAUAACUACAAAAUUUUAACUGAUAUUUUGGGUAUUGAAGAUUAUAUGGGUGAUAUGGAUUUUAAAAUUGCUGGUACUAACAAGGGUUUUACAGCUUUACAAGCAGAUAUAAAAAUUCCAGGCGUCCCUUUAAAGAUCAUAAUGGAAGCUAUUCAAGCUGGUUAUGAUGCUAAGUCCAAAAUAAUUGAAAUUAUGAACUCAAGUAUUUCAAAACCCAGAAUUGAAAAAAAGUGUUGGCCUGUUGUGGAAACAGUUGAAAUUCCAGCUAAUAAAAGAAGUAAAUUUAUUGGACCUGGAGGAACUAACAUUAGACGAUUGUUAGUAAACUCAGGAGUUCAAGUUACUUUUCAAGAGGAUGAAGGAAACUACCUCAUAUUUGCUCCAAAUCAAGACGCUAUGUUUGAAGCUAAAGAGUUCAUUAAUAACAUUGUGAAUUCUGACAAAGAGCCAGUAUUAGAAUUUGGAGGAAUAUAUACUGCAAAAAUUGUCGAACUUAAGGAAUCUGGUGUUAUGGUAACUCUUUAUGAUUCAAUGAAACCAGCUUUGCUACAUAACUCACAACUUGAUCAGCGGAAGGUAAGUGAUCCAAGAGCUCUUAAUUUACAAGUUGGUCAAGAUAUCCAAGUUAAGUAUUUUGGUUUGGAUCCUGUCUCUGGACAAAUGAGAUUAUCCAGGAAAGUUUUGAUGGGUCCAGCUUCAAGUGCUGCUGUUAAUUUACAAAAAUCUUAGCAUUUGUUAUGUUUUUGAUUUCUC